AUGAAUGAAGAUGAUGAUGAAUAUGAUUUAAGGGAAAAGCUAUUGCUCACCGAUUAGAUGAACAACAGAUCUAAUAAAAAAGAUAAUAAAAGAUUUAGCUUGGGCAAAUAAGAUAUAGAAAUGCAACAUGUCCAUGAAUUUGAUUAUAAUUAUAGCUCUAAUCACAAAAAGAAUAAUUCAUUUUCCAUUUUAUUGGAAGACAAUCCUGAAAAGCCUACACACACUUCAAAUAACCCACAACCACCAGUUUAAAAUAAUAGUAUAAAUUCUCCUGAAAAAUCAAAACUUAUCAAAUAAACUAGUUACACGAUUAACACAAAUGCUUAUAGAAAUCAAUUUAUUUUGAGAAGGUUAAUUUAAGAUAUUAGCUAAGGAAUCAACUUGGCCUGUUUUAGCUACUUUUACUGCACCACUGUAACUAACUCGAUUUAAAAACUACCCUUCGCAGGGUUAGUUGGAUACAUGAUUGCUUCUUUAACCAAUCUAUUUUUGGGAAGCUCACGCUACGUUGUUUAUGCUCCUUCAUUUUUAGCAAUUUCUUUCAUAAGGACUUUGUCCAAAACAUAUGAUUAUGGAUAAAUCAGCAUUGUAACUGCGUUAAGUGGUGUUUACCUUUUGAUUUUUUCGAGAUAUCUUGAUAUUCAGAGAUUAAUAUUUUUUGUUCCUGCAGCUGUUUUAUUAGGAUAUGUUUAUAGUAUGGUUUUCUAGUUUAUUUUUAACUACUUAGAUUUCACUCUUGGGUUUCGUACCUUUAAUGAUACUGGCGAUUUCUUUGAAAGAAUUUAAAGCAUAUUUGAUCAUGUUAGUUGGUAUUCGUUUGUAACUUUAGGUAUAACUACUUUUUUGGUAGUUUUAUAUUUGAUUCCCUAGAUAAAAUACACAAAAUAUCCAUGGCUUUUAGUCCUUCUUGUGGCAAGUAUUCUUCUAGGAAUAUUCGUAAUUGAUCCAUCUCAGAAUGUGAAUAUCGUAAGUUUGCUUUAUAAAGAUAGUGAGCCUUAGUGGUUUGAUUUCCUAAAGUAUUUAAAAAGGCCAAUAAUUUCGAUAUCUUCAUUCCGUCUUUUCUUGCUUGUUGAAUCUUUUUAACUGGCAAUUUUAAUUUACUUAGAAAGUCUAUUUACUCUUAAUUUUGCUGAGAAAGAAUGUUCAGAUAAAAAUAUUUAGCCAUAAAGAGAAGCAUUUGUCCUUUCAAUAGCUAAUGUAAUUAGUGGCUUGUUUUGCGGAAUUCCAGUCAGCGCAGGAAUAUUUUCUACCACUCUUAAUGGAGUUUUGAUUCGUAGAACCUCUAAAUACCCUCGAUUUAUUUCCCUUUCUAUUACAAUUAUAUCUGAAUUCAUUGUAAUCUAUUUUAAUAUAUCUAUCCCUUAUAUUUGCUUUGCUGCUAUACUUAUUGGAGUACCUAUUUUCACCCUAAAAAUGAAUUUGCAUUUUCAUGAGAAUGCCACUUCAAAAAAUAUAGAGGUGUGGACUUAAGCUUUUGUUGGCUUUUUUUACAAUCCAGUAAUAUCUGCGAUUCUAGGUACAUCAUAUAGUCUUCUACAAAAAGAAUUGAGCCGAUACACACUUCGCAGAAGAUCUUAAAACUAAUAGUUAACACCUAAUACAAGUUAAUUACAAAAAAGUUCAUAAAAGGAGAGAGCUCAACAAAAACAAAAGUAGCAAUAAGAAAUGGUUGCUUUAAAUAUAAAAUAGAAUGAAGUACAAGACGAUUAGGAAAACGAUUUACUUAAAAAAUUGAGCUUUGACAUCUAACAAUCAAAAAUAUAGAGUUUUAUGCAAUAAAGGUAGACAGACCAGUAAAUAUCACAAAACGCAAAUGAUGAAAUGAAAUUUAUUUCAAGAAAAAAGCAAAAAACUAUUGAAAAAUAUAACUUGAUGAAUGACUAACUUGUUUAGCUUCCUGAUAACACUGAAGCUCACCCUGAAAAUUUCGAAGACUCCUAUUUGAAAGACUUAUAAUCAGAAGAAUUUGAGGACAACAAAUUCUUUAUUUCUAGGUACAAUGAAAAUAAUUAGCUAUAUUAGGAAUAUUAACAAUAAGGGAUUGAAUCGUUUCUUCGCACUGACUCUCAGUUUAUAAUACAAGAAAUAGAUGGAGAAGUCUCAGUGGAACUAGUUAAAUAUGUUUAAGAAUAAAUUUGCUCUAAACUUUAUUUAUUUAACACAUUUCGUGGAAUUAUUAUUAAAUUUAAAAAUGUAACAUUUUACGAUAUGAACUCUUUAUUUUAAAUUAAAAUUUUGCUCUGUUACCUAAGUAAAAAAUAUCUUCCUGUACUCGUAACUGGAAUGCCAGAAUAACUAGCUGAAGAUCUCUAUCAAAUAAAUCCUUAGCUUUUCAAAGGAGAUACAUUAAUCCUAGAGCUAAAAAGAUGA